UCUUCUUCUCUUCUUCUUCUUCUUUUGUUUUCUUUCUUCAUCAUCACCAUCUUCUCUUCUUGUUGUCAACUUCAACUUCAUCUUCAACUUCAAGUGAUAUCAACAACUCUCUAGGGCUUGACAGACCACGUGCUUCUCCCUUCUCUGGCUGCUAUAAAAGCUGCUUCUCACUGCCCCAACUCUUCUUGAAAGCUCCUUGCACUCUCUGUCCUCUGGGAGAGUGCCCUCACGUUUGCUUGGGCUGGUCAGUCUUGUCUCUCACAGAUGCUGCUCUCAUCAGGAUAGCUUCAGGAUACCACUAUGAUAUCAUCUACUAACACUGUCCGUAGCUGUGCUGCUGUCUCUCUGGCUACUGGAGGCUCACUGUCCAGUCAACCAGCUUUUUACCACAGAGAACAGCCUCAAGGCCAUCAUAUCCGGGUAAUCCUUCAGCUUGCCUGCUACUCUUAUCUUCCUCAAGCUGGUAAGUAUCCUCUUCUAUAGUCUAGGAGCUUGUACUAACGCGUAUGCAGCCGGUCAUAUACUCGGCAAAGGAUAUCAGCUCUCAACAAGGAUAGAAGCCGUUCUACGCGUAAAAGGUAAGAGAGACGCGUCUUUGAAGUCGAUAUCUCCCUAGCUAACACCAACUGCAGGAAACAGUGAACUUCUACUGAACAACCUCUGCAAAGAUGCGUUCAAGCAAGAAAAGCUCUCCUUCAGACAGAGCCAGACGCGAGGUCGAGUCUGAAGCCUUCCGUGCUCGUCUGCAGUCAGUCCAGGCUCUGGAAGGUGCAUACCCAGAGUUUGAAGAGAUUGUUCACCAUAACCUCGAGCACAAGUACGAUGUGGUCGUCGAGCUCCUCCCCCAAGCACCGGCGUGUGGAAAGUCCGUCGAUCUAGUCAAGCGCAAAAAGGACGGCUACGUCUGUGUUCGCAAGUGUUUCUAUGUCUGGGGGAAGGCGAAGCCCUGGCGAUGGCUCAGGGAGGUCAAAGUCGUGCGUGUCAUGGAUCAUCCUAACGUCGAAAAGUACCUCGAAGCAUCCAUCAGCCCGCACAAGGGCGAACUCUUCCUCGAGUACUGUGACCUUGGCAACCUGGCCUACUUCAAACAGUGGAUGGCCUCUGCUGGAAAACCGAUCCCCGAGGCGUUCCUCUGGCAUGUCUUUCGUCAACUCAUCCGUGCUCUCGCCUACAUGCACACUGGACUCCGCAACGAUAGGGAGAUCGUCAACGACAACGUUCCAGACAAGAGAAACUGGAACCCAAUCCUGCAUCGUGACAUCAAACUGGAAAACGUCUUCAUCAAAUCAUUGGACAUUGCUGGAGAAUACCCCCUCAUCAGACUAGGUGACUUUGGACUCAGUGUCUCCAAGAAAGACCUGAAGCUCCCGUUUGCUCCAUACGGCUCUGAAGGUUGGAUGGCCCCUGAAUUCCCAAACUGCAGCCCCCGAAGUGACGUCUUCUCUGCUACUACCGUCAUUCAAUGUCUCUCCAUGGUCAACUGGACUGGUGCAAACCCCUACGGUGGUGUCGAUGAUGCCUACAGUGAUGAUCUGCAGGAAUGUGUUCUUACCGGGAUGACUCCCGCCAAAGCAGACCGCCCUCGCAUCCGCGAGCUGGCCCGUCUUGUCUAUCCCGUCCCUGUCCUGCCGUUUGAAGGCCUCCCAGAUGAGGCAUUCGUCCGCCGCCUCCCGCCCAGGGAGGAGCGGGCGAUUACCCCAUCCCAGAUCUUCCGCCCGUACCGUUGA